AUGGAGAAGGAGCAUCAACCAGACUCCAUGGCGACCAUAACAAUGAAGCCAGAGUACCCACCAUCAGAAGUAUACAGUGCCUCUGAGCCACCGCCGGCAUACCGUCAAAGGGUAUCAACAGCAGUACAAAUCGCGAGAAUAGCUGCCCUAACAGUGGUGGCAUCAUCCUUCAUACUGGGAUCAUUUAUUCUGGCAUCAAGUUGGAUCUCUGCUCGCGCCUCUUGCCACCAACUCGAGCAAUUGGAUGCUAUGCUUGAUAAAGAGCUGGCUCUAGAAGGAAGGUCAUAUGGAAACGAUGGAUUACUUGCGGAUGAACCAUUGCCAAUAGGUAACGCUCACGCGUUGCAUGCGGCACCUCCUCUAACGCCAUCAUCAACGACUGCGCCACCACAGCAGAAUACAGCAGUACCAUCUCCAGACAGUCUGCUGAAGGAGGACCCUCUUAACCAGGCGGAGUCGAAAUUUGAUGAAGACAAGUUACAGAAAAUUGACGAUGACAACUCGAAGCCGGAAAGUGAUGAAAGCUCGGAGUCAGAUAGCUCCGGUGAAGACGAUGACGAUGAUCUCAUCAGGCCACUCUUCAAGUUACCGAUUCAGUUCGAUUUGGACGAGCUUGCUGGAGCCUUCCUCGCCAACAACCAAAAAGGGCGCAUGAACUGCGUAGUUGAGAGGCGUCACGAGGAGCCAAUGGAAAGGCGCUUCCCCUUCAACAUCCUCGGAGCCUUCGCCCCACGAUCUGCUCAAGCUGAACGUGUCGCUAUCAUUUGCCACGGCGGUGAUGAAAGACCCAUGCCACCAAUUUUCCCUGACCCGCAAUCGCAAGUGUUCGCCUUCCCACUGUCAGGACCAGUCCGUCUCCCAAUCAGACCACAACCAGAGAGACAGCCCAUGCCAGCCCCGGCUCCAGAACCCAGAGGCCCAUUCGCCCCCUUACAGCAUCGCCCUGCGCCAUUCCCGCUACCUGUAACUCCAAGAUGGGACACGAAGUCAGCAUUCAUUGAACACUUUUAA